AUGACAUUAGAAGACAAUGAGACCAACGACCACAUGAGUGCCACCGCCGAUGAUGAGCCCGAUAAGUGUGAGGCUUCGGGUGCGGCCACAGACCAGGAGUUCAUAUUCAUUCACGACACGGGAUUCAAUGUAUUGAUCCAAUGCCCGGCUAUCGACGCCUUCGAGGUCCAGGUGAGUGCCAUGGAGUUGGUGCAGGAGAUCCAUCACCUGCUGAUGGACAGGGAGGACACGUGUCAUCGCACGUGUUUCUCACUGCAAUUGGAUGGCAUGACUUUAGACAACUUCACGGAACUGAAGAACAUCGCGGGUCUGAAGGAGGGGUCGGUCAUACGGGUGGUGGAGGAGCCCUACACCGUACGGGAGGCGCGCAUCCAUUUGAGACACGUGAGGGAUCUGUUGAAGUCGUUGGACCCGUCGGACGCAUACAAUGGCAUUGACUUGAAUUCGUUGUCAUUCGUCAACAUUAUCUCUCAGUCAGACAUUUCCGACAAGAAGAGGGUCUUAAGAGCGGAUUCGGUGGACUGUACGCCACCCGAGUAUAUACUGCCCGGCAGUAGAGACAGACAAUUGCUUCCAUUGCAGCCACAAUCCAAAGAGCAAAAAGGACCGAUAGCUCUGAAAGUGUUGACCUCCAGUGGUUGGAACCCUCCGCCGGGCACUCGUAAACUUCACGGAGAUUUGAUGUACUUAUAUGUCAUAACCCUUGAAGACAAACGAUAUCACGUAACCUCUUCUACGAGAGGUUUUUACGUGAAUGAGUCGACUGAAGAGGAAUUUAAUCCAAAGCCCGCCAAUCCUAAAGUCGUGUAUCACUCGCUCAUUGAUCUACUCAACCAAAUCAGUCCCACAUUUAAACGCAACUUCGCAUCGAUUCAACGCAAACGCCAUCAAAGACAUCCAUUUGAAAGGGUGGCCACACCUUAUCAGAUGUACUCGUGGACGGCACCACAUCUCGAGCACACCAUUGACUCCAUUCGAGCCGAAGAUGCCUUCUCGUCGAAGUUGGGAUACGAAGAGCACAUUCCCGGACAGACACGUGACUGGAAUGAAGAGCUGCAGACGACACGGGAGUUGAAGCGCAAGACCCUUCCCGAGCGCCUCCUGCGAGAGCGCGCUAUCUUCAAAGUGCACAGCGAUUUCGUGGCGGCCGCCUCCAGGGGCGCCGUGGCUGUGAUCGACGGCAAUGUGAUCGCCAUAAACCCUGGAGAGGAGACCAAAAUGCAAAUGUUCAUCUGGAACAACAUAUUCUUCAGUUUGGGAUUCGAUGUGCGCGACCACUACAAAGAGCUCGGCGGCGAUGCGGCCGCCUUUGCCGCCCCCACCAACGACCUCCAAGGGGUCAAAGCCUACAGUGCCAUCGAUAUCGAAGGACUCUACACACUGGGAACCGCUGUCAUCGAUUACAAAGGAUAUCGAGUGACCGCUCAAAGCAUUAUACCGGGUAUUCUGGAGCGAGAACAGGAACAGUCUGUGGUGUACGGGUCCGUCGACUUCGGCAAAACAGUUGUGAGUCAUUCAAAGUAUUUAGAGCUUCUCAACAAAGCGGCACAAGUGUUGAAAAUACUGCCCCACAAAGUGGUGACCGAUGGGGGACAGGAGGUGGAGAUUUGCUCAUCAGUUGAAUGCAAGGGAAUCAUCGGAAACGAUGGCCGGCAUUAUAUUCUGGAUCUGUUGCGCACUUUCCCGCCCGACCCUAACUUCCUCAUUGUGGACGACUUGGAGCUGAGUCCUGAAGUGCGAGCCUUGGGUUUCCCGCGUCACCACAAACACAAACUCUGUUGCCUUCGUCAGGAACUCGUGGAUUCAUUCUUCGAAAGCCGUUACUUAAUGUUCAUAAAGUUAGCGGCUUUUCAUUUGCAACAAAAAGGCUUAAGAAAUCUGAAGGAACAGGAGAUGAAGUAUAAAGCCAUUGAAUCUAACGAUAAUAACGACAUCGAAAUGAUUGACAGCGAAUCAAAGGAUAAUAUUAACGAAGAGUAUAAGGAAAAUCAAAACCCAUUGCACGACACGAAUGACAAUAAGAGUGAAGAGGAGACCGAGAAUUACAAGAAAAUAGUGGAAUCGUUCACAUCGGGAGAGAAGUCUGAUAUCGACAGCACUAAAGAGAUUGUCAGAAAAGCUGCUCAAUCUGUCGGUUCCCUCAAAGACAAUGAGUUCGAUAUCCGAUUCAAUCCCGACGUCUUCUCCCCGGGUGUUAAGCAUUUGGAUUCGACGGAAGAGUCGCUCAAAAAGCAGACGCAACUCGUGAAAGACGCGGCAGAGUUCCUGUUGUCCGCUCAGAUUCCCGCCUUCAUUAGGGAUUCGUUAGAACACACGACCACUCCUUUCGAUGGACUCACACUCACUGAAGCCCUUCACAGCCGAGGAAUAAAUAUGAGAUAUUUGGGGAAAAUCGCCGAACUAUUGGUCGCUCACAAACCACUCGAAUACCUCCAUAGUAUUGUCGUGAGUGAACUGAUCUGUCGGUCAGUCAAACAUAUCUUCACAAACUAUAUCCAAGGCAUCGAAAUGAUGAGUCUCUCGUCAGCCAUCAGUCAUUUUCUCAAUUGUUUCCUGUCUUCGUGUCAAACGAUUCCUCAGCCGUCGACCACUGAUGAGCUCCAGUUCAGACAAUCGAGACGUAAGAAUAAACGCAAGACUCGUCAGAAUCUGAUCAGCUCUCAAGACAACAACGAUUGGGUAAACCUGUCGCCGAAGUCCUUCUGGAGUAGUCUUCGCAAUGAAUUAGAUUCUUAUUAUGGCUGGACUUUGACGCCCGACUCCAUCGAUAGUUGUGUCGAAACCUUUAAUCUGCAGAAAAUCUCAAUAUUGCGCUUAUUUUGCAUUCGAACCGGAAUUCAGUUAUUGCUUCGGGAAUACCAUUUCGACCACAAGACACGCAUUACGUUCACCGAUGAGGACGUGCUUAAUAUGUUUCCAGUGGUCAAACACAUACAUCCUCGGGCUUCGGACGCCUAUAACUUUUACUCUACGGGUCAGCGCAAGAUACAGGACGGCUAUCUGAAGGAGGGCUACGAACUCAUCAGCGAAGCGCUCAACCUAUUGAACAACGUGUACGGAGCCAUGCACUCAGAGAUCGCUCAAUGCCUCCGAAUGUUGGCCAGACUUAACUACAUUAUGGGCGACCAUUCAGAGGCCAUUGCUUUCCAACAGAAGGCAGUCCUCAUGAGCGAGAAAGUCAAUGGCAUCGAUCAUCCCUACACUAUCACUGAAUACACUCAUUUAGCGCUUUAUUGUUUCGCGAGCUCUCAAGUGUCCACUUCAUUGAAAUUCUUAUAUCGCGCGCGUUAUCUCCUGACUCUGAUUUGUGGUGAAAAUCAUCCCGAGAUGGCUAUCCUUGAUGUGAGUACAGUACUACUCUGUUAUGUAUCUAUCGAAAGCAGUGCUAAUCAUUUGAGUAAUAUCGGUUUAAUACUUCAUGCGGUCGGCGAAUACGAUCUGUCGCUGCGUUUCCUCGAGAAUGCACUCAAAUUGAAUUUACGAUACUUUGGAUCCAAAAGUCUGAAAGUGGCGGUCAGUUAUCAUUUGGUGGCGCGAACGCAGUCAUGUAUGGGUGACUUCCGGGGCGCUCUUCAGUAUGAAAAGGAGACGUUCUCUAUAUAUAGACAACAAUUGGGUGAAGAACACGACAAAACGAAAGAGAGUUCCGAGUGUUUGCGUCAUUUGACACAACAGGCUGUUGUCCUCCAGAAGAAGAUGAAUGAGAUAUACAAAGGAAACUCCACGGCUGUCAUCCCUCCCAUCCAAAUACAGCCGCCGUCUGUGAGCUCAGUGCUCGAUAUGCUCAACAUCAUCAAUGGCAUACUCUUUGUCCAACUCAGUCCCCAAGAAGUGGAGAGUUUCAAAGGCGAGUUCGCGAACUCCAACUCCAAAGACAUUUCGGACGUCUCGCCCAAAAAGAGCGCUCAAACCAAUGGUUUUGCUUCGGAAUCUGAUUUUGUCAAAGAAAACAACGAAAUUAAUAAGCAGUCAGUCAUUACUACUGAAGGAUAGUAUUGGCAACAAAUGAUCGAUAAUUCAUACAAAAGACUAAUACUUUUUUGCAAAACAUAUACAACGAAACAUUUUAGUGAAACACAUAUUAAUAGUAAUUAAAUAAUUAAUUCUUUUCUCUCACUUAUAGGUUUGCAAUUUUAAUUUUAGGAC